AUGACCGUCAUCAAAGCUACACUGGCAGCUGCUCUUCUCAUUCACAAUCGUCUGGGCGGCCGGGCGCCACUGCACGGCACCUUGCCGGAGCGCUUGGUGGUCAUUCUGCGAUCCCGUAAGCUGGCCAUCGCUCUGCUUUUCUAUUUGAUCGCUCAGAUCAACACCUGGCUGGAUAGAGUCUACCUGGGAUACGGUAGAAGAGUCAAAGACGCCUACCACUGGCCUCAAGAGAUCGCCGUUGUCACUGGUGGAUCAGGCGGGUUGGGCCGCAGAAUCGCUUCAGGCCUGGCAGCUAAAGGCACGCGCGUCGCUGUCCUCGACAUCGCUGCGCCAGAGGACGGUGCCUGGCCAUCGAGCCUCGCGUCACGCAUUCAAUACUAUAAGACAGAUCUCACAGAUGCAAACGCCAUCAAGACUGUAGCCGAGGAGAUCCGCUCCGCCUGGGGCCAUCCCACCAUUUUGGUCAAUAAUGUGCGUAUGAUGUCGGUGAUCUGCGCACUGUCCGUCGCUAGCUGACAGCCUCAAUCCUUGAUCAGGCCGGCGUCGCCAACGCAGGACAGUCGCUGCUUCAUGCCGAACCGAGUCGAACCAAGCUGACGCUCGAGGUCAAUCUGCUCGCCUCAUUCUACACGAUACACGAGUUCUUGCCUGACAUGGUCAAGCACGAUCACGGCCAUGUGGUCAACGUAGCCUCCGCAGCGUCUUUCAUAAGCGGUGUCAAAGCUGCCGAUUAUGCAGCGUCCAAGGCAGGUCUCCUUGCGCUGAACGAGACUCUAAGAAUCGAGCUCCAGACAAUCUUCAAGGCCCCUAGCGUAUUGACGACGUGAGUCACGAGUCGAGCACAAGACAAUGCCAGCGGACACACUAAUGUGACGUGCUUUCCAUGCGCUUUCCCCGCCAUUGCAGCAUCGUGCAUCCGGGCUUUAUCCGCACACCCAUGACCAAGGAGCUCUUCAAGUCUCAGUCAGACUUCCUGGAAGCCGACGAAGUUGUGCAUGCCGUCGUGUCGCAGGUGCACCAGCAACGCAGCGCCAACCUCUUCUUGCCCAAUGCUGGCGUCCGCUUUGGCGCGACCUUCAGAGCAUUUCCGACGUGGCUGCAGGAUCACUUGCGACUCCAGAUAUCACGCGGGCUACUGAAAAGGUCUCGUCUCACAGUCACAUGGCCACCCGACGAAGCCAAAUGA